AUGACUGACAUAGUUCAAGGAGGCAUCAAGAGACAUGAGUUGGCUGCAGAAUACUUGAAUGCGAUAGAAAAGAAGUUCAAGGAAUCAAAGAAAGCUGAGAUCAAUCAAUACAUGUCACUUUUGACAACUUACAAAAUUGACAAUGCUGGUUCAAUUAGAGAUCAUAUAAUGAAGAUGACUAAUGCUACAGAAAAGUUAAACUCUAUGGAUGUUAACAUUGGUGAAAAACAGUUGGUCUUCAUGAUUCUUCAAGCUCUCCCAAACAAGUACUCUCAAUUAAAGGUAUCCUACAAUACACAAGACAAGAGUUGGGAUGUAGAUGAGCUCAUUGCAUAG